AGAAAAGAACUUUACAAUUCAUCGAUCAUUUGAAAGUAAUUAAACGUUCUGGAAAAGUUACUGUUUUAUAUAAUUUACCAUGGGAAGAUCACCGUGUUGUGAUAAGGGUACUGGUUUGAAGAAAGGUCCAUGGACUCCAGAAGAAGAUCAAAAGCUUGUAGAUUACAUUCAGAAACAUGGUUAUGGCAAUUGGAGAACCCUGCCCACUAAUGCUGGAUUACAGAGAUGCGGAAAGAGUUGUAGACUGAGAUGGACUAACUAUCUUCGGCCUGAUAUUAAACGAGGUAGAUUUUCGGCCGAGGAGGAAGAGACAAUCAUCCAUCUACAUAGUAUCUUGGGUAACAAGUGGUCAGUGAUUGCAGCCCGACUUCCUGGAAGAACCGAUAACGAAAUUAAGAAUUAUUGGAACACACAUAUUCGAAAAAAGCUUCUACGAAUGGGAAUCGAUCCGGUCACUCAUACUCCUCGACUCGAUCUUCUCGACGUUUCUUCCAUCAUUGGAGCCUCGUCUCAACAAAUGAUGAUUAAUCUCUCCACACAAUCCAUUUUAAAUCCACAACUUCUAAGACUAGCAGCUUCCCUUUUAUCAUCAAGACCUAAUCAAGAAUAUCAAAACCAGCAGCUUUGCAGUUUUGAUCAGAUGCAACAACAACAACAAUUACACCAACAAUUGCAACAACAGUAUUCUAAUAAUUAUUUGGUUCAAACUAUUGAUCAUCAUCAACACGAGACGCCUAUCCAUGAAUUAGGGUUUUCACAUGUUGAUCAUCAUAAUCAGCUAUUGCAGGAACAAUUCUCUUCAAAUCCUAACACCUUUAAUAGCUAUGGAAUUGAUGGAGGAUCUUACGUUAAUAAUUACCUCGGUAAUUUAUGGUCUGAGAAUCAAGAAAUUUUCGCAAACAACGCUAGUACUUCUACUGUGUUGUCUAAUUCAUCGACGCCUGAAUCAAGUUCAACGCCAUUAUAUUCGAAUAAUUCGACAUACGUUAUGAACACUACAAGUACCGAUCAAGAUCAAGAUGAAAAAGACAAUAGCUUUUGCAGCACCAACAAUAUCUUGGAUUUCGAUGUCACCCAAAUUCUGAAUAAUAAUGAGUUCUUUAUGUAAUUUUAUUUUAAUACUAUAGUCCCAAU